AUGGCAACGUCAUCAGCAACCCCCGUCGGCUCGGCAGUUUUUCUCUCACUUUCCUUUAUCGCCAUCUGUUUGCUCACGCUAUUGCUUCUGCGAAGAUUUCUGACACUUCGCGCGACCCCCGCUUAUAUCACUGUCCCCGUGUUUCUCGCCUUGGUGCUUCCGGCAAGCGUCGUGCUUCUAGUCCCAGUUGAUCUAACAUCGACCUCAAGAGACGGCGGCCAGGUUACGAAUGGUGUUUGGCUACCGGGCCGUGCAGUUUUGGUACUAUGGCGCAUAGCCUACUGGCUGAUAUUUUGCUUGACCUGGUUCAUCCUGCCGCUUCUAGCUGAAUUCGUUGAUUCGGGUUACCGUGACCCGAAAAGCCGCCUGACGUACUCUCUGCGCUCCAAUGCCCGUUACCAAUUAUUUGUCCUCGCUUGCGCUAUUGUCGGCCUGAUCUACAUCUCUAUACAGAAUGGGUUCGACUUCACUUCGAUCAGAGGUCUUGUCAUGGCGCUUGCUUACGUGUGGGGCUUAAUAUUUGCAAUUUAUCUGAUGGGUCAUGGACUUGUUUCCAUUCCUCGAUCGUUCUUUCGAAAAUCCAACAACGCCAAUGCCUUGCGAAGGAUUCAAGCGCACGCCCCCAAAAUACAUGACCGCCUGACUGAUGCCAUUACCGAGCUCGAGGAAGUUGAAGCCCAAGUAGCCCAGUUGCAGCGACGCAAGACCGGAUCAGCACGCCUAUUCGAGGACUGGAUCGAAGAACUGGCCGAUUAUUCGAACAUGCCAGAUUCGCGCCCUGUCGCCCUACACUCUGUUGCCGACUCCACCGCGGUUCCGGCGGUUAUCACAGAGCGAUACUUGGCCGGUCUAUCUCGGAGAUUACAGCGUGCACGGCACCAGAAAGCGCGCUUUGUCGACGAAUGGGACCGUCUUGUUCGAUCGUCCGCUGAUUAUCAGACCAUCCUCAACUCAAUUGCCUCUAAGAAACUUGACUUCGGUCCCGUUGGUGGCUCCGAGGCUGGACUCAUUUCGCGUAAAGGAAGUGGCUUCAUCACCCCUUAUAUGCGGUACGUUAUAUACGUACACAUCCUGCCGACUCUGCGACUCGUCAUGGGCACUGUCUUUGCUACUGCAUCAUUCUGUAUUGUCUGGUCGGAGCUCAUCAAGACUUUCGCUCCCAAACUGUGCAUUAUUAGCCUCAGCCUAGUUCCUAACCCAGAGAAGGCCGGUCAGAUUGGAUUAGGAGGUCAGCUGAUAGCUUCCCUCUGGCUGUUAUACAUGUGUACCGCGGCUCUCAAAGGCGUCAACGACGCCCAAGUUUGGGGCAAUCGAGCCCUAGUGCGUCGCAAUACGUAUGGAGAGAGCGCAUGCUGGUACGCAGGACAAGUGGCACGAUUGACCGUGCCACUAGCAUACAACUUCCUUACAUUCCUACCCACUGAACUGCGCGAAGAUACAACAUUCUACCACUUCCUUGGUCGCUAUAUCAAUCUUACGCCCUUGGGGAAGGGAUUCGAUUACUUCCCUGUAUUCUUACUUCUACCAGUUUGUGCCACAAUGUUCAACUUAUAUGGCCGAAUCAAAAAGGUUUUUGGUUUCGGCUUUGUAGAGGAGGACGAUGAAGAUCCCGAGGCUGAUCCCAGUGGUUUUGGCAUAGGGGGCUGGCGCGAAGGACGUGCUCUUAUCGAACGCGAGCUUGUUGGUUUGGGCUCUCUCGGCCUCACUUCCAGAUCCGUUGACCCCGGACGAAACUUACAUGCCGGUGCCUCUUCUUCGGCGCUCAAUCUCCAGCGUGCCGCCUCCCCGCAGCCUGGAUGGACCUCAACAUCACCAGUCCCAAGAUCAUCGUCACGGGCUCCAUUAAUUGAGCCGUCAUCGUCGUCAAUAAUCGGCGGCACAUCCACAGCCUCAACUGUCAUUGACGAUGACACUAAUGCCGACGAAGACGACAAUUUCUUUCAGUCCUUUGCCCACCGAGUCCGCAAUACCAUCGACACAGCGUCCACACCACGGUGGUUACAAGGUGGGUUUCCGAAAUUUAGCGCUCCGAAAUGGCUAAAUUCCGGCCAGGACCCAAGCACUAGUAGUAACGGAUCUGCCCAAGACAAUAGGAUAUUCGGAGGGUUGUUUGGGCAGCGCUCUUCGAAUGGACAUGUUCGAUUGUGA